AUGCCCAUCUCGAGUGCUGGAUUCUUCAAAGACAACAAAUUCGCAAUGGCCGCGUUGGAGCCUUCGGAUACCCCUCGGCCUGGCCCCGAAAAAGUUGCGGUCAAGUCAGAAUCCCCUCAUAUGGCGACUUCGGGAUGUCAAGGCUGCACGCAUCGAAACUCUACUGAACAAGCGUCUUGUCCAAAAUGCAAUACAUUUGCAUUUCUUGAUCAGUUGAUGCCCGACACUGGCGGGAUUGGCAUAGAUGAUAAUCUCAAUGCCUUCAACAACUACACAUCAACUGAGGAUGAUGCUUAUGGGAAUAACGUCCCGUCUCGACGCCCUGGAGACCGCGGUUUCCACUGGAAAUAG